AUGACGGACACCGCGACCAGUGCUUCAACCAUGGUCAAGGUAAAGACAGAGCGGCCUGAUGAGGCUGAGAUUAGGGAAUUGGCCGCCAAGAUGGUGGAGGCCAAUAAGGCCAAGACGCUAGCAGCGUCGGUGGCGGCAGCACGGCCACCGCCCGGCUCGCUCGUCGGCGUGGCGCCGCCGGGCUCCGGCGGACAAAUGGGACUUCUCAACUUCUUAGCUCGAAAACCAAAUGCUGCCACAACUGCUAGUGAGUUGCGACCUGCGCCUGACGGUGACAAAAAGAACCCGGCUCCUGAUGAGGCUAGUUGGAAAGGUCAUUUUGGGUGGGACAUGCUGGGUAAAUGUCAUAUACCUUACAUAUACCGGUCUUCUGAGAAGUACGUGGCUGUCAGGAUGGUGGAGAUCAAGCUGCUGAACAAGUACUUGAACUAUCUACAUGCAGACAUUUACUCAUGUACCUGUAUUAGAAGUUACUACAUCACUGAGAUUGAGGCCAGACUGCUGAAUGAGAUCAACAACAGACACUGCGAUGGACAGUUUGGCCGGGAUCCAUUCACUCAGAAAGACUUAGUGGUGCGGUUAUCGGAUGCCUAUGAGUUCUAUAACUUCCUAGAUGUAUGUUAUAAUAAGUUAUUAAGAGGUACAACAAAUAGUAAAGACAAGUGUGGUUUCAUUAGGAUAAACAAGGAGUCUGUUGUACCAUACACGGUGCGGGAUAGCCAGAAAUUUGUUCCUCUAUUUUACUUUGAAGGUGAAACAGACAAUUUGAAAUUAAAGGCCGACCAGUUAAAAGGCUGGGACUUGUCAUACUUGAAGUUCUGUUGUAAAGUGCAGGGUAUUCGGAAUGAACUAUUUGCUAGUGAGACGUGUUCAGUGAUUAGUUUGUCAGACAUUAAAAGCUAUUUUCCACCGGGAACAGAGUUCGAGGAGUACUGGCCAAACAAAGUUGUUGACUCACAGCUGUUAAUAUCGGCUAAAGGUUCUGUAUCUGGUGGCGGGCAAUGGACGCGGGCACCGCCAGCGCCGCCUCCAGGAGUCGUAGGUGGAGUGGGAGUCGGGUCUGGCGCAGGCGUGGGCCUCAACAAUGUGAACAGCCAAUCCACGCGGGGCAGGCGGGCAAACACGCAGAGGCAUUCCCAAGCUUCUGCAGCCAUGCAGAUGCCCCACGGUGGACUGUCGGCAGCUACAGUACAAGCGCUGGCGAAUGGUUGGAGUCUACCUGCAGCCUUGACGCAAGCCCAGACUCAACAAGUGCUGAGACUCGCACAGGCACAAGUGGCGCAGGCGCACGUGGCGGCGCGCUACAACAACGCGGCCAUCGCGGCCGCCACCGCCGCCGGCCUGCCGCAGCAUCGCUCGCAGCACCAGCGUAACGUACAGUUUCCGAACAGUGCAAUUACAAUGGCGAUGGGUCAGCAACCCCCUCCACCUCUCGUGAGGAGCUCGGCAAACACAUCAACCAUGAAUGUACCCCCACAAGUGACUGGAACAAUGAAUGGCCACUCAACCUCUCACUCCGUGGACAAUCGCAAAAGGCUUACUCCAAUACCCGACAUCAAUAUAACUGGCAACCAUACGCCGUAUAAGGUUCAGAAAGCGUUGGUGGAGAAUACUAUGGUACCCUGCAUCAACGCGAAACCCUACCAGUACACGGAGCUGCUUAUGACCCUGCCAGACCUGGCCAGCCACUUCUUCCCACGAGUCUCUCUCAGCACGUGCCGCGCUAUGCUCGACGCGCUUGGGAUUACCCUCUACAGACCUAACACGACUCAGGUGCAAGUCCUCCGCAACUCGGGCAAGUGCAAGACUGCAGCGGCGGGUGAGAACGGCCAGGCGCUCGUACAGAUCCGUGACGUCAUGCAACACAUGCUGCAGUUCAAGUACAUGCUGCGGUCGGGGCUGGCGGCCGACGAGACGCCGCUGUCGCAGCCCAGGCCCGCGCACGCGCCGCCGCCGCCCGCCAAGCGCGCGCGCGCCAACUGA